AUGCCGCUGCGAUCAGCAGACAAAGAUGAUCAAGAACAACUGCCAAACUCUGAAACCCAAGGUGCGGAUGCCAGCAUGGCAACAUUUACUGCAUCAGCCAUCGAGCCUGCACGCAAUCAGGCCCAAUUGCCACGGGAACCCACUAUAUCCCCAUCGACACAGUCUCGUGCAACGCUCACAACUGCUGGGCUGCUGAGAAAACCAUCCUUUGAUUUGCGUCGCAGGCUGGCUCCGCUGGGUGCUCUUAGACACUCUGGGCUGCUCGAAAGUUCGACAAGUCCAUACUCAUCUGGACUUCGCUCGAUCAAAAUUGGUAUUGAGACAGAGUUCUACCUUGCUGGACUCCAAGAAUGGCUUAACCACACUAGUCUUGAUGGAUUCACAGCGAUUCUCACAAGGCAACACAACCAGCAAGUUCCUGUCCAGCAUUCUCGGAUGCAGGAGUACCUGCGUCCAUACCACUACCAAGGCCCAUACACGCAAUGGUGCCUGGUGAAAGAAGAGAGCUUGAUGUCUUUCGGAAUACCAUGGGGCAUUGAGCUUGUCUCACCCCUUUUUCGGGCUUAUCCCGGUUCAAGAUGGCGAGAAGAUGUCGAGGCUACAUGGGCAUAUCUCUCCGCGAAUUAUGAUAUUGCAGGAAACACCUUGGCUGGCACUCAUAUCCAUAUCGGGCUCGAGCCAGACUAUUCUUUGACAGAUCUCAAGCGGAUUGCUCAAGCAGUAAUACACUUUGAAACAGCAUUCGAAGCCUUGGUACCUCGUUGCCGUCGGGGAAAUAUUCAUGUUAAGAGCAAUUGGCUAGAUGCCCCUGGCUUGGCCCAGUCAGGUCGGUCGCGACCUAAGUCUAUUGAUGCGAUCGAAAAGGUGAUCUGCUUCCAGGAUCUGGUAAAUUUACUUCAUCCCACCAUACUCCCAAGUGGUCAGUACGACCGAUCUUUCUCAUGGAACUUCUGCAGCUGGUACGGCAAACGGUCAGUAGAGUUUCGUAAACCUCCGGCUAGCCUGACAUCCAAAGAUGCUUUGAGCUGGACCGAGCUGGCAAUGUCUUUCGUUCAAGCAUCCAGUCGUGUUGUGUCUUCGGAGGAGCUGCAGAAGAUUCCACCUACUGUGGGAGGCUUACGUUGGUUCUUACAGAAUUUUGGCAACGAACCCGGAGUGAACCAACCUGGCCGACUGGAGAGAUUGUGGCGAAGUACAGAGCCGGGUGCUUUACUGGAACCCAAAUCUCAGGUUUCAGGGCUUCCGGAGCAAGAGAGACUGCAGUUAGAGCAAAGGCUCCAAACGAUGGUCCUGGCAGAUAGAAGGCGGAUCGAAGAGAUGAUAAAGACGGCUCAGGGAGUAUACUGUUAA